AUGGAAGGAGUAGACCGUGAGGCUUAUCAGCUAAGCUAUUGUGGAAAAAACCCGUUUCGCCGAGUGAGAUACUAUGAACGUCACCGCACAUGGGAGCCAAGAUAUGAUCCUGGGUACAUAGAAGAUCGGCCUUUAGAUAAAUAUAAACCGAAUGGCCUACUACUAGGGUUGAAUCACGGUAGAGGUGCAUCGAAGAAGGCUAUUGGUAUGAUUUUAUAUUCGGGUGAGGAGUUCUCGAAGCACUUCCGGUCCAGAAUUCAAAUUGCACGAGUUGCUGUAAUGAGAACUCUGAAUUAUGUGGCGUAUCUGUCAGGGCUCGAGGCUGAUGCUCUCAUAGGUGAAGUCAAAGUUCUCAGGAAAAAGUACAUACGUUAUUUCUCCGGGAAUACAAGGUCUCUCACCUGGGGAAGGGAGGCACAGGCUUCAGCUACCAAAGUGUUUGCCAUCUGCGCCAGACAGUGGUUCCAGCCCCAGUUUCGGCAAAUUGUUAAUUAUAAUGGCAACACAUUGAUAGGAAAGGCCCAGUAUCAUAUGUAUUGA